AAAAGGAGGAGAGGUGCAGAGAAAGAGAUCAGAAGUCAUGGAGUCGAGUCGGAGUCUGAAGCUGCCGUUGGUCUCUCUGAUGAUGAUGAUGAUGAUGAUGGUGAUGAAGAUCUCUGCUGCAUCACAACAGAACUUCUGCUCCAACUCCACCGUGUUGAGGACUCGGACCGCGUGCCACUCGUGCAACAUCGGCGCGCUGAUGUCAUGUCCCUCCGGAUACAGACGCACGCCUGGGUCCACCCAGCAGGACUGCAAGUACUACAUCCGGACUCCGAACCUGAAGCUGCCGAUCAGCGGCUGCUCCUUCGAGUGCUACAAGGAGGCCCAGGUGAAUAGCUGCUGUCCAGGCUUCUGGGGGCCCGACUGUACCGAGUGUCCCGACCGGGCCGACAGACCCUGCAGCAACAGAGGAGUGUGUUCUGACGGCAUGGGAGGAAACGGGACCUGCAGCUGUCAGGUGGGUUUUGCAGGAACUGCGUGUGAGGACUGUUCUCCUGGUCGAUACGGCUCCUCCUGCUCCUCAGAGUGUCUCUGUGUCCACGGUCUGUGUGCCUCGGGUCUGAACGGGGACGGGAGAUGCACCUGUUUCUCCGGAUACACCGGGGACAACUGUGACCGAGAGUUACCUGAGUGUGCGUCUGUCCCCUGUGUGUCCCAGAGUUACCUGAGUGUGUGUCUGUCCCCUACCAGGACCCAGUGGAUCCCAGCCCCAGACCCCAGUGAUCCCAGUGGAACCCCAGGAAACCCCUGUGUGUAUCCCAGGAAACCCCAGUGUGGCCCCAGUGUGUGUGGACCCCAGGAAUGUGUGGAAACCCCAGGAAACCCCUGGUGUGUGGAAACCCCUGUGGCCCCUGGAAACCCUCAGGGAAACUGGUUUCAGCGGGUAGCUACGGACGCAGGCGUGGCGACGAAUUCUCAUGGUCAGGAGUUUACGGAGGCUUUCGCCACGCCGAAAUCCGCUGGGCCGCUCUACGAUGACCGGGAACCCAUUAACCCGUGUCUCCGGCGGGUCUGCCACGUCCAGGCGUCCUGCGUCCACACCGGUCCCAACCAGCACCUGUGUGCCUGUAACCGUGGUUACAGCGGCGACGGACGGGUGUGCGUGGCGAUCGACCCGUGUCAGAGCCGCCAUGGAGGCUGCCACGCCGAGUCCACGCGCUGCGUCUACGAUGGACCGGGAACGUCUCACUGUGAGUGUCUCCCUGGUUUCGAGCGUCUGUUGGACAUGUCCUGCAGCCUGAGGGACGCCUGUAGACCCGACUCCUGCCACCGGGACGCUAACUGCACCACGGUCGGCCCGGACCGAGUCCAGUGCACCUGUCUCCAGGGUUACCUUGGUAACGGUAAAGUGUGUUACGGCAACAUCGUCCAGCGUCUGAACGAGCUGAACACGGAGCCGGGAGGACAGUGGAGCGGCCAGCUGAGCAGCGCCAUCACUCUGCUCGGUCCUCUGGUCUGGCAGCUCCAGAAUUUGGGACCUUUCACUCUGUUUGUCCCGAUCAACAAAGGCUUCAAAGGAACUUCACUGAAGACGCUGACUGCUGAUUCGUCUAAAGCUAAGUACCUGUGUAAGAUGCACCUGGUUGCCGGGGUGAUGCCGUUUGACACUCUGAAGAAAACGGACGUCUUCUACACCCUGACGGGAAAAUCAGCCGAGACGGACACAUCAGAGGGGGACCUCCAGACUAAGAUCCGUCUCCAUGGCAGCAGGAAGAAGGGCGUGAUCCUACAGCCUGACCUGUUGGCGUCUAACGGGAUGAUCCACGUCAUCAACAAGCUGAUGGACAGCGUGGCGCCCACUGUGGACAGCGACUCGGAGGAGAAUCUGAUGAAGAUCAUUUCUGACUACGGGAAAUUUGACAAGUUCAAGUCGUUGCUGGAGAAAGCUGAUCUGGUCUCGGUCCUGGACCGUCCCGGGCCCAUCACCAUCUUUGCUCCGAGCAGCUCGGCCUUCGCCCUCAUGCCCGACGGUCACCUGACGCACCUGAGCAGCGCCGAGGGUCUCCACAAACUGGUGGAGCUGCUGAGGAACCACAUCGUCCCAUCCACUGCCCUGGAGGUGUUUAAUGCCGUGUCCGGUCCCAGGCUUGUGACGAUGGCCAAUCAGGUUCUGACCAUCAACGUGACGGAGAACGGUCAGAUUUUGGUGAACGGCGCCGCGGUGCUGGAGGCCGCGGUGGAAGCUAAGAACGGGCGCCUGUACGUGGUGGACGGGGUCCUGACUCCGCCCUCCAUCCUGCCGGUGCUGCCUCACCGCUGUGAUGUCACUGAGAACAAGAUCAUCAAGGGUGAAUGUGUCGGCUGCUCCAAAGUCAAACUGUCUCAGUGCUCAACGGGAGUUUAUACGGGCUCGUCUACGUUCGGAUGUGUCUACGUUCUGUCCAUCGGCAGAUCAGCUCUUCAGAUCGCGGCGACGGGCUGCUCGCCGCUCUGCAACGCCACCGUCACGACUCCAGCGUGCUGUAAAGGUUUCUACGGUCCAGACUGUAGUCCCUGUCCCGGCGGGUACCAGACUCCGUGCUCCGGACACGGUCAGUGUCAGGAGGGCAUCGGGGGGAACGGGUCCUGUUUCUGUGACCAGAACUUCAGCGGGUCCAGAUGCCAGUACUGCUCGUCCUCCAGCAGACACGGACCAGGCUGUCUCUCACCCUGUCCCUGCGUCCACGGCCAGUGUGACAACCGUCCGGACUCCGAUGGCCGCUGUAAGCCGGACUCUUGUCUGCCGGGUUUCACCGGACGGUUCUGUGACCGCAGGACGGCGCCGUGUGGCGUUCAGCCUCAGUUCUGUCACGCUCACGCAGACUGCGACUUCAGCCAGCUGGGGACAGCCAGGUGUGUAUGUAAACCUGGUUACCAAGGCGACGGUAUCACCUGUGUGGAGUCCGACCCCUGCGCCCCGCCACUCCGGGGCGGCUGCAGCCUGAACGCUAAAUGUAUAAGGACAGGACCAGGAAGUCACAGCUGCCAGUGUCUGAGUGGAUGGCGAGAGGACGGAGACGAGUGUCAGCCAAUCAACAACUGCAAUGGUCCGGAGAGAGGAGGUUGCCACGCCAACGCCACCUGCAUCUACAUCGGACCCGGACAGAGCGACUGCACGUGUAAAUCAGGCUACUAUGGAAACGGCCGAGACUGUGAAGCUGUGAAUCAGUGCGUGAAUGAAAACGGAGGCUGCCAUUCCCAGGCCAGCUGCCGCCUGCUGUCCUCUGGGUGGGCGUGUGUUUGUGACGGCGGCUACGUUGGAGACGGACGGACCUGCUACGGGACCGUGGAGCAGGUGCUGAUGACCCUGCCGGACGCCUCUGAGUUCUUCGACUGGACAACCAAAUCUGGCCUGUCCUGGACUCUGUCGGACCAGAACGUCACCCUGCUGGCUCCGUCUUCAACUGCCGUCGCAAUGAUGUCCUCAGAGGACAGAAGCUUCUGGACCGCGGCGGGGAACCUGCCAAGUCUCGUCAGGAACCACAUCAUCCCCGGGAUCUUCCCAUUAUCCAGUCUGAGCAGCACUUCCUCUGUGACGUGCCUCCUCAAGACAACACUUCCUGUUUCGACAACCAAUCAGCUGACAGCUGUCGGAGGAGCGACCAUCACCACGUCUAACGUAGCGGCCACCAACGGACUGAUCCACGUCAUCGAUAAGGUUCUGGUUCCUGACAGGAAGAUGAGUGGAGGUCUGCUGGAGACUCUCUCUCAGAGACCGGAGUUCUCUCUGUUCACAUCGUAUCUCAUCGAUUAUAACCUGACCGCCGAGAUCGAACAGGCCGAAGAGUUCACCGUGUUCGCUCCGACGGACGCCGCCGUCACCGAUUACCUCAACAAAAUGGCCGCCACCGCCAUGGAUGUGAACACGACGCGUUACCACGUGGUGGCGUCGGAGCGCCUGCUGAAGACCGACCUGCAGCCGGGAGGAUACAAACAGACGCUGCUCGGCUUCUCCUUCCAGCUCGCCAUCUUCCCCCGGGACGGAAAGUUGUUCGUGAACGACGCUCAGAUAAACUCUUCCAACAUCCUGAGCGGUAAAGGAGUGAUCCACGGCCUGUCAGCUGUUCUACCGAUCAACAGGAACCGCUGCGAUGACUUACGCUACACGAAAGUCAUGGGACCGUGUCUGGACUGCAUCUUCCCUCAGGGAAGAAUCUGCCUGAAUGAAACCAUCCCAGACAAAUGGGCGAAGAAGAGGAAAUGUAUGUACUCUCGGAUGUUUGAGGAUGAGCGUCUGCUGACCAUCGGCUGCCGAGCCACCUGCCUGAAGAAAAACACCGUGCGGAGGUGCUGUGGAGGGUUUUUCGGGGAGCACUGUGAGCCGUGUCCCGGCCCGGAGGGGGCGCCCUGCUUCGGUAACGGGGCGUGUUCGGACGGCACCAGCGGGACCGGAGUCUGUCGCUGUUACAGAGGCUUCAACGGGACAGCGUGUGAAACGUGCGAGAGCGGGAAAUAUGGAGUCCACUGUGAUCAGGAGUGCGGCUGUAAUAACGGCCGCUGUAACGGCGGGCCGAACGGAGACGGGACGUGCGAGUGUGACGUCGGCUGGAGAGGAGUCUUCUGUGAUGAGAAGAUUGAAUCCACAGCGGAUGAACUGUGUGGCUCCGUGAAAUGUCACACCAGCGCAAAUUGUGUGAUACGACCGUCCGGCACUCAGUGUCUCUGUGCUGCCGGUUUCCAGGGAAAUGGGUCUUUCUGUCAAGCGACAGACGUGUGUUUGGUGGAUAACGGCGGUUGCAGCCUGUACGCCGUCUGUAAGAGGACUCGGCCCGGCCGCAGAGACUGCAGCUGUAACAGCGGUUACCAUGGAGACGGACUCGUUUGUGUCGAAAUCAACCCGUGUCUGGAAGGAAACGGUGGUUGCCACGCCAACGCAGAAUGUGUUCACGUCGGACCAAACAAAACUUCCUGUUCCUGCAGCGACGGUUACUCAGGCGACGGACAGAUCUGCAAGCCGAUCGACUUGUGUCGGAAGAAAAACGGCGACUGCCACCAGUUCGCAGUCUGCAACAUGACGGGUCCGGGUGUUCGCAGCUGCAGGUGUCGCGCAAACUACAUCGGGGACGGCAUGACCUGCAAAGGCCACGUGGCGAGGGAGAUCAGGAAGCUAACUGAGUUUUACCACAAUGUGAUGACGGCCGACAUUCCUCUGAAAGGCCGUGGCCCGUUCACCGUCUUCCCUCCCAAAGGGGACGCCUUCAAAGCCGACAGAAACGGCGACGGAAAGAUCAAAUUUCUGAGGUCGAGAAACGAUAAUGAAGCGCUUGGCGCCGUUGUGCGCAGCCACAUUGUGAUGUGUCACACGCUGUUGGCUGCUGACCUGAGUCGACCCCGAAACAUGACGUCCCUGUCUGGACUCGUCCUGACCAGCCGGGCCGUCCAGGGAAGCAUCUUCAUCAACGAGGCCAACGUGACGUACAGCGACAGCGUCAGCGUCAACGGGAUCUUUCACGAGAUCGACAAGAUUCUGUUUCCUCCCAACGUGGGAACGGAAACUCAGCCGGCCGCUCGGCUGAACCUGUCUGAUGUGGCUCAGCGUCACGGUUAUAAAACCUUCUACAACCUGCUCCAGGACUCCAGCGUGACGGACCUGUUGAAAGACGAGAUAUACCAGCCGCUCACGGCCUUCCUGCCGUCGGACGGCGCCAUGGCGUCUCUGCCGUCGGAGCAGAGGGACUUCCUGUUUCACCAAGACAACCGAGCACAGCUGGCCGAGUACCUGAAGUACCACAUCCUAAUGGGGAAGAAGGUUUACGCUGAAGGUCUGGUCCAUCUGGACUCGGCUCGGACCCUUCAGGGCUCGCCGCUUUCCUUCACCUGCGGAGGGACGGACGCCAUCGGAGAGAUCUUCGUUAACGAUGGAAAGUGCCGGAUCGUUCAGAGACACCUCGUGUUUGCCGGCGGCAUCGCCUACGGGAUCGACUGCCUGCUGACGCCACCGAGUCUCGGGGGCCGCUGCGACGAACACAAGACCUUCGACAUGACGAUGAGCUGUGGGUACUGCUCCUCUUCAGUUUCUCGCUGCCCCAUAGGCUCAAAACUAAAGGAGACCCAGAAGUGCGAUCUUCCCAAAUUCUCCAUCACUAAGAACUCCGGCUGUCGCAGCAUCUGCACCGUGCCCUUCUGGCAACCAAAGUGUUGUCAUGGUUACUACGGACGGGACUGUCUGGUGUGUCCCGGCGGCGUCGGCUCUCCCUGCAGCAACCACGGUAACUGUGACGAUGGUCACCUGGGUAACGGCACCUGCACCUGUGAUGCGGGGUUCGGGGGCGUGGCCUGCGAGCUGUGCAGCGACGGAUUCUACGGAGCGAGCUGUAAACCCUGUAACUGCUCUGAACACGGCUCGUGUGAUGCCGGGCGUAAAGGUUCGGGCUCGUGUUUCUGUGAAGCGGGCUGGACCGGAGAGAGCUGCCAGACGCCGCAGGGUGAAGUCCCCGAGUGUUCUCCACCUUGCGCUACGAAAGCCGUCUGUCGGCAGAACAACACCUGCGUGUGUCGGCCAUUUUAUGAAGGAGACGGAUACACCUGUACAGUGAUGGACGUGUGCGGGACGUGGAACGGCGGCUGCGCUAAAGGAGCCAAGUGUUCUCAGAGAGGCGAGACGGUGACCUGUUCGUGUCCUAAAGGUCACGCCGGAGACGGCUUCACCUGCCAGCCCAUAGACCCCUGCGUCGCCGGGGACAACGGCGGCUGCCACGAGCACGCCACGUGCACCAUGACAGCUCCGGGGAAGAAGAAGUGCACCUGUAAGGACAACUACGUCGGAGACGGAGUCACCUGCGACGCCAAACAGCUGCCGAUCAGCCGCUGUCUCCAGGACAACGGACGAUGCCAUCAAGACGCCAAAUGCACCGACCUCCACUUCGAAGAUGCGAAGCUCGGUGUGUUUCACGUGCGUUCAGGUGACGGUCAGUACAAACUGAACUUCUCUGCGGCUCAGCAGGCCUGCGCCGCAGAGGGAGGCCGCCUCGCCACGUACAACGAGCUGUCCUACGCUCAGCAGGGCGGGCUGAACAUGUGUUCUGCCGGCUGGUUGGACGGCGCCCGCGUGGCGUACCCCACCACCUUCUCCAACCCAAACUGCGGCUUUGGACACGUCGGCAUCGUAGACUACGGCGUCCGCAAAGAGGGCGAGAGCUUCGACGCCUUCUGCUUCAGGAUGAAGGAGGUGACGUGCGAGUGUCGGCCCGGUUUCGUUGGAGACGGAUUCAGCUGCACGGGAAACCUGCUCCAGGUCCUCCAGUCCACACCCCGAUUCUCCAACUUCCUCACACAAAUCCUGAACUGUUCUGCCGAGUCGGAGUCCGGCCGGCAGUUUGUGCAGCGUCUCGGUAACCUGACGGUCCAGAAGACGCUGUUUGUUCCCGAAAACAGCGGCCUGCCCGGCAACCAGGUGACUCGCGCUGCAACAGCAGCUUUUAUACCUUGGGCCCUAUCUUGCAGCGCAAAGCCAGACGCAAGUGUCUUUGCUAGUUUUGCCAGUUUCACGUCCAGCGCCCGCAAGGUGUGUUCAGGUGCAUUCUGGGCGUGCUGGUCUUACAGGGUGUGGUUUUUAACAUUUGGGUUACCCUAUUUUAACGAUGUAAUUAAUCUUGUUUUCUCCUUUCAGGCGUCUCGUUACAUCAACGACCGCUUUGUCACAGACUCGGACAUACCGGCUUCAAACGGCAUCAUCCACGUCCUGCAGGGGCCGCUGCAAGCCCCGCCCCCUCGCCAGGAGAGUCGUGCGGCCCACAAAGCGGGGAUGGGUGUGGGAGUGGUGCUGCUGAUCGUCGUGGUUUUGGCCGUCGUCUUCGUUGGAUUUCAUUUCUACAGACACAGCAGCAAACCUUUCCACUUCCACUACUUCAAGGAUGAAGAAGCAGAAGAAGAAGAAGCUCCAGCUGUGCACGGCGGUCGCAGCAUCUGUAAUCCAGUUUAUGAAGCCGCUCCAGAAACUGCUGAGUCACCCAACACUUCUGAUGAUGUGAUGGCCGAGGACAAACACGAGGUGGUGAACGGGGGAUCGUAUCGUACCUUGGGCAUCAUCAGGUCCCGUGAGAUUUGA